AUGUUUACCGUCCUCACCGCAACGUGUUUUUGUAUUCAUGGUGGCAAGAUCUACAUCAACAAGUCCCGGCCAACACCUACAAGUCCCAUAUCUACCAGUCCCGGCCAACAUCUACAAGUCCCAUAUCUACCAGUCCCGGCCAACACCUACAAGUCCCAUAUCUACCAGUCCCGGCCAACACCUACAAGUCCCAUAUCUACCAGUCCCGGCCAACAUCUACAAGUCCCAUAUCUACCAGUCCCGGCCAACAUCUACAAGUCCCAUAUCUACCAGUCCCGGCCAACAUCUACAAGUCCCAUAUCUACCAGUCCCGGCCAACACCUACAAGUCCCAUAUCUACCAGUCCCGGCCAACAUCUACAAGUCCCAUAUCUACCAGUCCCGGCCAACAUCUACAAGUCCCAUAUCUACCAGUCCCGGCCAACACCUACAAGUCCCAUAUCUACCAGUCCCGGCCAACAUCUACAAGUCCCAUAUCUACCAGUCCCGGCCAACACCUACAAGUCCCAUAUCUACCAGUCCCGGCCAACACCUACAAGUCCCAUAUCUACCAGUCCCGGCCAACAUCUACAAGUCCCAUAUCUACCAGUCCCGGCCAACAUCUACAAGUCCCAUAUCUACCAGUCCCGGCCAACACCUACAAGUCCCAUAUCUACCAGUCCCGGCCAACAUCUACAAGUCCCAUAUCUACCAGUCCCGGCCAACACCUACAAGUCCCAUAUCUACCAGUCCCGGCCAACAUCUACAAGUCCCAUAUCUACCAGUCCCGGCCAACACCUACAAGUCCCAUAUCUACCAGUCCCGGCCAACACCUACAAGUGGACAUCACAUCUACAAGUCGUCAUCAGAGCUGGUUUAUUUUCACAUAUUCCAAACGUCCAUGUAUCUUUUGGAUUGUAUGAAAUGA